AUGGCGAUACUCACCGGUGAAACGUUUUGGAAUGUACCACGUGCACGGUACAACUAUGGAAAGGAUCAUGCAUACAAUCAACUCGGGACUAGUUGCGUUCCUCUAAGUCUUCCUGCCAAUAUGACCAAUCGACCUGCAAGGCAUCCAAUCAAGAGGAUAUUGCCAACUCCAAAUAGCUUUGAUAAUCAGUUUGGUGCCCACUUCGUCAAACCAUUGAAUGCCUGGUCUUGGCAGACAUUUUACAGAGUCAUUAUCCCUUUGGCUACGCUAAAGAAGAUCCCAGCAACACGUCUUUCGCGGCUGACCGAGGCGUUGGCAAACUACGAUCCCGUUCUCAAUGAGUACUUCUUCGACAGACACCCUGGCGUGUUUGCACAGAUUCUCAACUAUUACAGAUCCGGAAAGCUGCACUAUCCGACUGAUGUUUGCGGCCCUCUCUUUGAAGAGGAGCUCGAAUUUUGGGGUUUGGAUGCGAAUCAGGUGAGCCAAUAUAUUCGACGGUAUAAUGAAGACCUCAAGACAAAUGCUUUGUCGCCAUUCCACCAAAUAGGCCAUGCAAUGCCACCGAAUACUGGACCUUUUUUCAUACCCACUUGCCAAACGGCCGUUGCGAAACAUCAAAAUCACCUUAAACGAAAUAGUGUGAAUACAUCUCAUACCAAAAUCACUGUCUGGCUGCCUAAGAGCCUUUCAUUCCCGUCCUCGAUCACGCCAUAUUCGAGGAUUUAG